UAGAAAACCCUCCCCAUCCCUUCUCCACGUCUCCUCCCGCCGUCUGGUGGAACCCUCUGCCGGGAGCCCUCUCCGGGAAGUCGCCAUCAACACCCAGAUCUCAUCGCCGCAAAGCUUCAUCCCCACUCAGUGUUCAUCGCCGUCGGCCCUCCUAACUCUCCUCUACCACCGCAACAACCUCCAGAUCUGAAGAGAUCCCGUCGUCUGAAAUCUAACCGCCCGCCGGCGUUCAAAGUCCGCAAAGAUUCCCACAAAAUCAAGAAGCCUCUCGUCGCUCCCAACCCCAAUCCACACCCACACACGAUCCAGCAGCAUCAAUCCCACCCGCAGUCGCAGCCACGCGCCCCCAUCAUAAUCUACACGCCUCACCAAUCCCCACGAUUUCAUGAACCUAGUUCAACGCCUCACCGGCUCUUCCUCCGCCGCGGCCUCCUCCUCCUCCUCCAAUCCUUUCACCGACGAUCCCGGCGCGAUGUCGCCAGCAACCAGGGCUUGUUGCCGCCAGGGAUACUGUCUCCGGGACCGGCUUCCCUGCCGCCGAUAUCUUCGAGCUUCUUCUUCGAUGAUGGGAUUCAAAAGAAUCGAUUUGGAUUCUGA